AUGUCAACGCCGAGGCCUCAAACUGACUUUGCCGUGUUGUCAGACCCUGUCAUCUUUCCGUCAAUAAAGGGAAGUAGCUCUUCAGCUCUUGCUGGUAACGUGCCCGACUUCCGCAGUGAGAAAGUCUCGGAGUUCUUCAUACUUCCACGGAUAAAGGAGAACUCGGCGAAAGUAUCACCACGUAUCAAUGAUCAGAGAUUGUCCGACUUCAAUCCAGAAGAUGACUAUGAUUUUGACCAAGACGAAGAUGAUCGCAAGCCGGCUUGGUCCCUCGUGCCUAGAAACCUAAAACAAUCAGACGUCAUCAAAGGGUACUAUCGCAAGGCGUGCGAACGGGAAAACGUCCUGCCUUUAGCGAGGUUCUUGGAUCAGAUUGGUGAUGACAUUAUCACUUUGAAAGACGUAGGCUUCACCAGGAAAGCCUUCAAAGCCAUCUGUGCAUGUUUAGUGGUGUUGGCGGACAACAAUAUUAAUGGUCAAGCCCUGGCUAUUCUCUCACACCACAUAAUUAGCAACAGGAACCUAAAACUCUUUAAACUCGAUCUUUCAGGUAAUAAAAUCACCGAUGACGAUGGAAAAUCAAUCUCCAACAUUAUACAGAACAAUUCAAGUCUGCAGGAAUUGUGUCUGGCAAGAAACGAGCUCCAGGAGCACGGGCCAAUCAUGAUAGCAAAAGCUUUAGGAGAGAACGAUAACUUGGAUAUACUUGAUGUCAGUUGGAACCAUAUCCGUGGCCCAGGUGCUGUUGCCUUAUCAAACGGUGUCAGCGUGAAUACUAACCUGAGGGUGUUUAACGCCGCCUGGAAUGGGUUCGGGUAUGAGGGAAGCCUAGCCAUGGGGCACGCCUUGCUUCAUAACAGCACGCUUUUGGAGCUGGACCUUUCCAACAACAGAAUCCAUCCCCCGGCUCUGUUCAACUUCAUGUCGGACAUGCUGAAGAACAAAACCUUACUUACACUCAAGCUCGGCUAUAAUCCUAUACCCGUGUAUUACACUUGUCCGCUCCUCACACUCAUUGCUAAGUGUAAAACCAUGGCAUUGACAUUGCUCGACUUAUCGGGUCUUGUUGUGGACACUGAAUUUGAACAGCUGUUGGACAACCUGCGGAGUAAGAGGGACAUUACAGUGCUAUAUGACAAAUCCUUGCCGAUACACCGCGACAAGUGGUCUCAAUUGAUGGAUGAGAGCAAUGACGGUCCCGAUGUCAUCAACGUGGACCCCGUGCGUCUGCUGUACCUCCUGAAACAAAACCUCAGGUGUAUUGACAUGUUAGUACAAAUGGACAAAGACGACAGCUUCGACCUGAGCCGGACCGAAAUUCGAAAAGCAUUAGAUAAACACGGCGUUCCUGUAAGUAGCUCAGCUAUGGACAUGAUCAUGAAGUACCUAGACACCAACCGAGACGGGGCCAUUGAUCUAAGUGAACUGAUUGACGGUGAACGACGCGUUCACCGUGAUCUACUGAAUCGUAAGGCUGCACAGAAAGCAAACCCCAACUAUGUGGACACGACAGUGUAUUCUCAAACAUUUCAGAGUGGGGGCAUAAAGGGUCUUGCGGAGGCAGUGGAAGAGACCAUGAAACAUGCUGAAAAUGCUAAGUCGGUUGAAGAACACAUCGACGAAUCAAACAGCAAAAUAUAA